CCCACAUUCCCUGCUCUUUCCCCAGAGGCAGCUUUGUGGGUCUCUGGGGUUGUCAGGUUCAUGAACUUGCGCUCUGCGAGCCCGAGUGGGCUGUCCUGGUACCAUGAAUUGAUGCCUUACCCAAUCUCAUGGCUGGCAUUAUGAUUACUUCCAUGUGUCGGGAACCGCCGCCGAUCGAGAUCACAAUCUGCAAGCCGAGUCCUUGCAAAGUCUGGCAUUCUGAUCCACCUCGCACACCGACAACGCGCACACUUUCCCAACAGAAUUUUCAGAGACUGACCUUGUCCCUGUCCCUGCUCUCAGCUUUCCUUCCUCGAUUCUAUUUUGUUUCUUUUGGCUUGAUCCGACGAUGCCGGCAUCCACCCCUCAGCUUCCCACUCAGGCUCCCAGUCCCGCUCAACCCCCGAACCCCUCAUCGCCGCAUGCCCACACCUUCGGGAUGCGGGGGAGCGUGGACAAUCACCGCUUGCCGAUCAGGGCAGCGGCUUAUUUAUUUUACACUAAUGCACGGCUGCCCUGCUCGCCGUUUGUGUUGCCGAGGCUUGGAACUAGCGCCAGGCACAGAAAGUUCUCUUCACAUGCCUUUUUCUCCUUGCCAUUGAGCACGGCAGAGGUGGCAAGAGGCGGCACAGGCUGGCCGAGAGGUGGUCGACCGGGUUUGAGCUGCGUGACACGACCAAUGCUACAUUGAAAUCGGCCUGCUACUGGCUACCAUAGCGCGCCACCGGUGUCUGUGAAAAUGCUCCUGGCAAUUGUUUUGUCAGGCA